GUUAGUUUAUCAAUUUAUCAUCACAACUAGACUUAAGUUUUGGAGUUUGAAGUUUGUUUCUUUAUCAAUCGCUUUGGUUUCAUCCAAUCAUCUCUUUUCUCUCACUUUUCCAUUCUUUCCCUUCUAUAGAAUGGCACAAACAGGGCAAGCUUCAGCUUCUUCUUAUUAUUCUUCUAUUAGGGAUUCUGGAGCUUCUGUUUCUCAUUCUUUUUCUUCUUCAAGCAAUAAUAGGGAGUCUUCUGGUGCUGCGUCAUCGUCUUCGUUUCACCCUCGCGAAGAAGAUGAAGAUCGUGAUGGUAAUCGACAUCAAUUUGGAGAAUCAGAGACGGAGCAGCAACCCAUUGGGGGGCUUUUUCGGGGAAAUUUUUUAUUCGAAGAUGCAUCGGUUAUUAGAGAUGAUACCUGGUCUUGUGUCAUUGUUGUCCUUACCUUUUGGUUCUUCGUGUCCAUGACAUUGAUUUUGGGAGUCUAUGGUGCUGCGAGCAUAAUGAUAGGACCUAAUUCUUCAGCUCUUAUUCAACCUAAUCCCAUAUUUGUGCAGUCUAUCAAGGUGGAAGAGUUGGAUAGCAAUCAUCCAGGGCUCUUGCUAUAUGGAUUUUAUAAACCUCCAUCACUUGAUGUUGUGAAGUCCUGGUCCAAAUCUUUUAACGCAUCUGUUCCAGCUGAUUCACACAAGGAGUGGAUAUAUUUCCUGAAUGAGGGAUCUCAAAUAAAUAUUUCAUACAAUGUGAACUCCCCAAGCUCCUCCCUUUUUCUUGUAAUUGCCCAAGGGAGUGAAGGCUUGUCUCAAUGGCUUGAGGACCCAACAUAUCCCAAUGUCACUUUGUCCUGGAAUGUCAUUCAAGGAAAUGGUAUUAUCCAGCAGAAAAUACUGAAGUCUUCAAGUUACUAUGUUGCACUAGGUAACUUGAACUCGGAGGAUGUAGGGGUGCAAUUAACCUUCAGUAUAAAUUCUUUGCUAUACAACACAACUAAAGCUUAUUACAAGUGCACUUUCAGCAAUGGUGCAUGUAGAUUGAGCAUUUUGUUUCCCAAUGGAAAUGUUGUUGUCUUAUCCUCUCCUGAUCCCCAUCAGGAUUCAAUUGCUGAGGAGUGGUAUGUCAAAUUGUCCUAUGGGCCAAGAUGGGCAACCUAUAUUGUUGGCAUAGCUGCAAUGACUGCACUAAUGUUGGGGGCAUUCAACUUCUUGAACAAGUUCCGGUGUAUUCGUGAAGAAGAAACUGGAGUUCGGUAUGGAGAGCUGGAGCCUGAGAGAACUCCAUUGCUUUCACACAAAGAUGAUGAUCUCUCAAGCUGGGGCUCUUCUUAUGAUUCCGUCUCAAAUGAUGAGGAGGAUCUUGAAGAGUUUCUAGCAUCAGGUUCUAUGGAAGGUGCAUCCUUAAGAGAUGGUGAGAACAGCAAUAGUACCAGGCGUCUUUGUGCAAUCUGCUUUGAUGCUCCAAGGGACUGCUUCUUUCUCCCAUGUGGGCACUGUGUUGCUUGUUUUGCAUGUGGAACAAGGAUAGUUGAAGCUGCUGGUACUUGUCCUAUAUGCCGUAGAAACAUGAAGAAGGUGAGGAAGAUUUUUACGGUUUAAGCCUCAUGAUAUUAUUUUUAGCACCUGCAAAACCUGGGUGAGUAACUUGAAAAAUAGAUCAGCCAUGCUUAUAACCAUUCCUUUCAUGUUAACGAGUAUUGAUCGAGUUGGACUGGUCAAGUAAAUUAUAAAUGGAAGAUCAUCAUCAUUAAGAUGGAAUGACCUUGCAUUCUGUUUUUUGUGUUCUCCAUUUGGCAUUCCAUCAUGCAACUUUGUAUCUUGGUAGGGGAUGUCAGAAUACAUGUGCUUAACUUUGACACGAUUCAAAGGUGUAAAUUUUACUGCAAUCCUUUCUUCUAAAAUUUUGUUCUAUGAGAGGUUAUCGUGCAUUAUGCAAAAAAA